AUGUCCACCAGCCUGACCACUUGCGAGUGGAAGAAGGUCUUCUAUGAGAAGAUGGAGGUGGCAAAGCCAGCUGACAGCUGGGAGCUCAUCAUAGACCCCAACCUCAAGCCCAACGAACUGGGCCCGGGCUGGAAGCAGUAUCUGGAGCAGCAUGCCUCAGGCAGGUUCCACUGCUCCUGGUGCUGGCACACCUGGCAGUCGGCUAAUGUAGUCAUCCUCUUCCAUAUGCACCUUGACCGCGCCCAGCGUGUUGGUUCGGUGCGCAUGCGCGUGUUCAAGCAACUGUGCUACCAGUGCGGCACCUCACGGCUGGACGAGUCCAGCAUGCUGGAGGAGAACAUCGAGGGCCUGGUGGACAACCUCAUCACCAGCCUGCGCGAACAAUGCUACGACGAAGAUGGUGGUCAGUACCGCAUCCACGUGGCCAGCCGACCAGACAGCGGGCUGCACCGCGGCGAGUUCUGCGAGGCCUGCCAGGAAGGCAUCGUGCACUGGAAGCCCAGCGAGAAGCUGCUGGAGGAGGACGCUGCCUAUACCGAUGCCUCCAAGAGGAAAGGCCAGGCCGGUUUUGUCUACAACUUCUUCUCAUUUCGCUGGUGUCUGUUUUGGGGUGCCCUCUGCCUGGUUAUUGUCUACCUGCAGUUCUUCCGAGGCCGCUCUGGCUUUCUUUAG